ACAGUUAAAAUUCAGUGGCGAGGUAUAGCGUUUUCUCCGGAGCUUGUGCUGCUUAUACAAAUUAUUCAUCAACGUAUUCAGUUUCUAUUCCAGUUUUAUUCUAGCCUAAUGGACCGCAUGUUCUGAACACGGUCAACAGAUGCUUGUGAUGUUUUUCUAAGAAUAUUUAGAGGCUCCUCCUCUUUUUCAUGAUGUGACAGUAUCAUCCCGUCCGCGAGCUCCUCACUCUAGCUCAAUUCUGUCAUCGGUAUCCUGACGCACGGACCCUUUAUCCCGCUCACUGCAUCUCCAACGACAUUUCUCAGCUUAAAAAAAAUAAAACCUACCGACGAGCUCUCAACUCUUCAAUUUCUGUUUCUCUCGCGACACUUUUUUUAGACUACACUUGACUUUCGAGACUUUCAGACAGUUUUUUUUUUUUAUACAGAUUUGGAUCAUGGCCUCUCCGGCUGCUCUCAUGCCCUCGGUUCCUCUCGUCCAACCGCCUCCGAUACAGACUUCACCGGCGACCAACUCUCCGCCACCAGCAACCACGUCCUCAUCCCCUUCACCAUCUAUCGCGCCCACCGGACUGAACCCUUUCAGCGCGGACCUUUUACCAGUACCCGUCGGUAGCCCUGGCGUACCGGUUGACGUCCUGCCCGGUAAACCGGUGUAUUCUACCCCGUCGCCGGUUGAGAACACUCCGCAAAACAACGAGGUUAAAAUGGUCGAGGUCAGAGGCGCCAAGCUCGCCUCUUUCACGGUAAAAGACAACGAGCUAAUCUGCCUCCCGCAGGCGUUCGACCUGUUUCUGAAACACUUGGUCGGCGGACUGCACACGGUCUAUACCAAGCUGAAGCGGCUCCAGAUCACACCGGUGGUCUGUAACGUGGAACAGGUCCGCAUCCUCCGGGGCCUCGGAGCUAUCCAACCGGGAGUGAACCGGUGUAAACUCAUCUCACGGAGAGACUUCGAGACGCUGUACAACGACUGUACUAACGCCAGGUGAGUUGGUUUCCAUGGUGCAUCUAUCUCUGAUGUCGUCAUAAAGAGUUGACGCGACCG